AUGGUGCAAUCCCCAUUGGUUAGCAAAACGACGUCAGCUCGAUCCGUACCAAUUAUGUUCUCAGCCAGCAGUACUCCUGCAGAGGGAUUCAAUGAGGAACCGGCAGAAGAUUCCAUCACGGCUCAGGAGAAGAAGACUACAGGAAUCCGACAGAGAUUAUCUUCUUAUUUCAAAGGAAGCGACGCAGAUGAUGGUCUGACAUUCCGUCAAAGGCUUGCCAAAAUGGGUCUUGCGACGGUUCUUUCUUACGGGUGGGUCAGCAAUGUAAAUUCUAUGGUACUGGUUGCUGCUUCUUGGUAUGUUUUUGGUGCAAGGACUGGAAUGAGCCCUCUCUAUCCUGGACAGUGGAAAAAUUUCUUGACCGUUUAUGGAGGAUUCUACGUGCUAUCCAACUUUUUGAGGCCUUUUCGAUUCACAGCAGCGGUAGCGAUCGGGCCCUACUUUGAACGUUUCGUCAAUUGGAUUCAACGCAAGACCGGUCUGCCCAAAGCGGGUGCUGUGACAGCAACAGUUAUGCUAGUGAAUUUUGGUGGUACCAUUCUGCUCAUGGUCGGUGGAAUCUCCUUGGCCAGCCUCUUUUCAGGGGUCCCAAUUUUCCCUCCAAAAGCAUAG